GCUCAGCAAAUGAGCGUGUAGUGACAGUGACGAAGUAACUUUGCCAUGUAAUUAUUUGAUUUCUUUUUUGUGAUUAGUUAAUUCAUCUGAGAUUAAAGUCCAACAUUAUUUGCGCUAUUUAUCAAUAAGGUGUACCACACAUUGACUUAAUCAGUAAGGCUGCAGUAGGAGCAUUAACUUUGCUAAUAUCUUGUACGGACUUCAAUUUCUCUCCGUUUCACUUCGAAAAUACUCAAGAUGUCACCGAAAACGAAGGUUUACGUUGUUGGUGUCGGUAUGACAAAAUUCGAGAAACCAGGCAGACGAGAUGAUGUAGAUUAUCCUGACAUGGCAAAAGAAGCUGUUACGAAGGCUUUGCAAGACGCACGUAUCUCUUAUGAUGCCGUGAAAGCUGCCUGCGUUGGAUACGUUUAUGGGGACUCCACCUGUGGUCAAAGGGCAUUGUAUGAAGUUGGUAUUACGGGUUGUCCCAUAUACAAUGUAAAUAACAAUUGUUCCACUGGUUCUACUGCUUUGCUUAUGGCUAAACAAAUGAUCGAAAGCGGUUCCAUAGAUUGUGCUUUGGCUGUUGGAUUUGAAAAGAUGGAAAGAGGCUCCUUGAUGUCCAAAUUUACAGAUCGCACGAAUCCUAUGGAGAAACACGUGGAAGUCAUGUCUGAAAUUGCUGGUAUGGAUGCCAGUCCAGUUACUGCCCAGCUGUUUGGAAAUGCUGGGAUUGAGCAUAUGAAAAAAUAUGGUACAAAACCCGAGCAUUUUGCAAAGAUCGCUUAUAAGAAUCAUUUACAUUCCACGAACAAUCCGUAUUCUCAAUUCCAAGAGAAAUAUAGUUUGGAAGAGAUAAUGAAAUCUCCGAAAGUAUUUGGACCACUUACCAAACUUCAGUGCUGUCCGACAUCCGAUGGUUCGGCUGCUGUAAUUCUGGCCAAUGAAGACUUUGUACGUAAACAUAAACUCGAGUCGCAAGCGGUAGAAAUCGUGGCGAUGGAAAUGUCUACGGAUCUGCCGUCGACGUUCACAGAAAAGAGCGCUAUUAAGCUUAUCGGUUACGAUAUGACAAAAAAUGCGGCCGAGAAACUAUUCUCGCAGUGUCAUUAUAAACCAAGCGACGUGAAUGUUGUAGAAUUGCACGAUUGUUUCUCGACUAACGAGCUCAUUACUUACGAAGCUUUAGGUCUCUGUUUACCUGGCCAAGGUGGAAAAUUAGUCGAUGCGGGAGAUAAUACAUACGGGGGAAAAUAUGUAGUAAAUCCGAGCGGCGGUUUGAUCUCGAAAGGACACCCUUUGGGAGCAACAGGAUUGGCACAGUGUAGCGAACUGUGCUGGCAACUUCGAGGUCAAGCUGGUAAAAGACAAGUGCCAAACGCAAAACUUGCAUUGCAACAUAAUAUAGGUCUAGGUGGAGCAGUUGUAGUUGCUCUGUAUCGUAUGGGCUUCCCUAAACAAGGAGCAGUCAAGAAAAAUGUGAGUGGAAUUCCAGAUGCAACUUCUUUCAAAGCGUACGCGUUGUUCAAAAUAUUAGAAAUUGCAAUGCAAGAGGACAAAGAUGAUUUGAUAAAUACAGUUCGCGGAGUAUACGGAUUCAAGGUACUUGGAACAGGUGGUGCGGAGGGCUUCUGGAUCGUAGAUGCUAAAACAGGAAAAGGAAAAAUUGAAUAUUACGGGAAAACUAAACCCGAUGUUACGAUCACGAUUAACGAUGCAGAUAUCGUUGAUCUUAUUACUGGAAAAUUGAAUCCGCAGAAAGCCUUCUUCCAAGGAAAAAUUAAAAUUAGUGGUAACAUGGGAAUGGCAAUGAAAUUGAUUAAUUUGAAAAAGCAUGCUGCUAAGAAAAUCGAUCUUCUUCGUUCUAAGUUGUAAAAAUUGCGGAGAUCGUGAGAUUUUGGGAUUAGACAAAUUUCAUCUACUUACUCGAAGCUGUAUUAUAUUCGUUUACAUUCGUGAUGUAUUCGUACACAUUGUUUUUUGAUAUAAUAGCAAUAUAGUAAAGAAAAACAAAAAGUCGUUGACUGUCAGUAUGAAAUGUAAUAUUAUAUAGUUAAUAUAUUGACUUCGAAUUUUAUUUUUAUAAAUAACACUGUUACUGUUAUAAAGAUUACUAUUAAUAGUAAGGGGAUACACAAAUUAUUUUUUUAAGUCUGAAUAAAUUUGUGUUUAAUGUUCGUACGAUUAAUGCAAAAAUGAUAAGAAAUACGUACUGAAUACAUAAAUAAAUAAGUUUGUAAACGAGGUACAUUUAAUAGCCGCAUAAAUGUAAUUGUAAUGAUUGUAUUGAAAGCUUAAAUUGAUUUAAAUUACAUCUGAGAUUAAUUUGUACUACAUCUUCGUAUUAUCUUUUCAUAGAUUUUAAACCAGAACGAUCGUUUUGUUUCUGGUUUACUUGUUAAAUAUUAAUUAUUAAAGGUCCAUCGAACUUAUAUCGUUGUUAUAUUGUGCGUCUAGUAUACGCGCGAUGCUAUUGUCAUUUUAUUAACACGUGUUUAUCAUACAAUAAGGGACACGUAUUAUUAUUUUUUAUACUUCUUAUUUACAUUUCAGGAAUACUCCAUAACAAUGUAGAUUAAUUUAAACGAUAGAAUUUCAUAAAGUAAUGAAUUGAUUUUGAAGUAGAAGAAUUAUUUUAAAAAUAUUCUUGUAAUCUACAUUCUUAUGGAUUAUUACUUUUGCAAGUGCUGUUGGAAUUCUUACUAUGUAUUGUUAAUAACACUGUAGUUGGAAACAGGGUGCAAUACAAAUAUUAUAUAUGAUUUUUAUAAAGAGAAAGGUGUAGGAUUUUAUACAUAUGAAAUUGUUUUUAUUAUAAAAUAAAUGAAACAAAAACAUUGAAACGAA